GAGCAAGUUCACCUGCUACACACGGCGCCUCCCAUACUCUUUGUCACCGGACCGCCCGGCACAGGUAAAACUGUGGUGCUGCUGCUGAUGGCCAUAGAGUGGCUGCGAUGUGGUCACCACGUCUACAUUGUCAGUACUUGGUGGGGGAGUCGCGCAGCGAACACCAUGUUGUAUCAUCUGCUCCUUUUUAUUGAGAAAAGGCAACUUCUGUCACAGAAGACACCGACUAAGCUUCACUUCCUGCAGUAUGAUGUCAAACAUGAAGAGAAGGCAGAGAAGGCCGUCAACGAGUUGUUACAGGCAACAAUACGUGGGGUGGCCUACGUCAUCGCCGAUGAGGUGAAUGGGGACUUCAGGUAUUUUGGUGAAAGGUUGGUAACGAAAAUUCCUGAUGUACAUAUCUGGGUGGCAAGUUGUUACCAUGCAGACGCACCCUACGGGUGGCAAAUGGAACAUUUAACCAGACCCCUCCGCUCUCCACCGGUCGUCGUCAGGGAAGUCGAGCAGAGCAAAAUAAUGGAGGACAAAUAUGUCCUGCGGUACAGUAAGCGUCGUGUACCCGACCACACAGACGGCCCGCCAGUCACACAACUGUAUCACGGAGGUCAAGGUCACUCAGGUGACUGGCCAAUCAACUGUGUCACGUGCGGUCGUGAGGUGGCCAGAGUCCUACACAGUCUCCGUGUUGGUGUUACGGAUACUGUCGUCAUCUCCGGUGGCACAACACCUGCCUGCCUGCAGUGGCGAGACGUGCUGGUGUUGUAUGGAGGUAACACUAGACAAAUCUCGGGUUUAUCUGUGAUGACGGGUCUGAGAGAAGCGGGUAUCCCAGUGCGGGUGAUGGACGAUGAGGACGUUGAGGACGUGGCUACAGCCCGCAGUGACGUGGUGUGGAUGACAAAUGUAGAGCGUGUUCUCGGUCUGGAGAGGAAAGUCAUCGUCCACUUGGUGACGGAAGGUGACGUUGAUUUCUAUGACCGACUUCAACUGAUGUCCCGAUGUACGUCACAACUUUUGAUUGUGUCUCCCUCGUUACGUCACACUGUUACAGGUGCUCAAGCCCUUCCUGUCGAGGCUACAGAGUCUGGCUCCGUCUCACGUACUACCCAAGGUACAAAGACAAGCAGCAGUCCUGUCUCUUCUACCCAGCUGAAGGAACCCGUUUCUUCAAAAGUUCUGUCACCAUUGCCAUUGUGGGAUGAAAACUUGUUUCCUGAUCUCCAAUCUCGUGCCUACUUCCUUCCUCCUGCCUACGUCAGCCGCCGACAGAUGAUUGGUCAGGAGGUUCAGAUCCUUCAUCAUGAAGCCACAAAAAAGUUGUUCUUUAAGCUGGAUAAAAUGUCUAAACACAACGGAGAAGUGUUGGUCGGAAUAAGCCGCCUUAAGUUUGGACUGCAUCUUAAUGAAGUUUCUUUAGCUGCCACAGCUACACAGCUGCUCCUAACCUCCAGACUUCCUGACCUUCUGCCGCGGAACUCCAAUCAGGGGGACACUGACGUGCUUUUUAUUUCCAGAUAUUAUGGGGUAGUUGUUUGUGAGGUGAAGGCUAUUGGUGACAACAAACAAGGGCAGCUAAUAUCAGAGAGAGAGAUGAACAGUGAAAUCAAAAAGAAGCUGCAAGAGGCCGCACUACAGCUGGACGAGGAUGAGACCAUGUUGUCAAGACUAGUGAGAGACAUCGCCCCCGGUCUGCCCAUCAUUAAAACCAUCGUGUUCCCUAACAUCACAGCUAGACAGGUGCAGCAGGCUAUAUCUCGUGACACCCAGCUAACCCAGACAUUGAGUCAGUGUCUGGGAUCAGAAGACCCCUCGAACAUCUGUGGUCUGUGCCUGUGCUCCGAUGAUUUGUCUGACCCCAUGACCCCAUGGGACGACAGUAGCGACGUGAGGAAACUCACACAUUGGUGGCGGCGACGAGUGACUGGGCUUGGGGUUAACGGUCAAAUGACAUGUGACGUGUACAAGGCACUGGUAGCCAGGUUCUGUGGUCCGGCGACAACAGUGACUGUGCCAUGCACAUGUCCUCCACGUGUGAGUGUCAAGACCCUGGGCCAGGCCGUGUGGUGGACAGGGCAGUGCUAUACUGCUGUAAUAACACUAUUCCCGGAGCAAGUUCAUCUGCUACACACAGCGCCUCCCGUACUCUUUGUCACCGGACCUCCCGGCACAGGUAAAACUGUGAUGCUGCUGCUGAUGGCCAUAGAGUGGCUGCGAUGUGGUCACCACGUCUACAUUGUCAGUACCUGGUGGGGGAGUCGCGCAGCGAACACCAUGUUGUAUCAUCUGCUCUUUUUUUCACAGAAAAUAUUGUCUCAGCUUCACUUCCUGCAGUAUGAUGUCAGACAUGAAGAAGAGGCAGAGAAGGCCGUCAACGAGUUGUUACAGGCAACAAUACGUGGGGUGGCCUAUGUCAUCGCCGAUGAAGUGAAUGGGGACUUCAAGAAUUUUGGUAAACGGUUGGUAACGAAAAUUCCUGAUGUACAUGUCUGGGCGGCAAGUUGUUACCAUGGAGACCCACCCGCUGGGUGGCAAAUGGAAUAUUUAACCAGACCCCUCCGCUCUCCACCGGCCGUCGUCAGGGAAGUCGAGCAGAGCAAACUAAUCGAGGACAAAUAUGUCCUGCGGUACAGUAAGCGUCGUGUACCCGACCACACAGACGGCCCGCCAGUCAGACGACUGUAUCACGGAGGUCAGGGUCACUCAGGUGACUGGCCAAUCAACUGUGUCACGUGCGGUCGUGAGGUGGCCAGAGUCCUACACAGUCUCCGUGUUGGUGUUAAGGAUACUGUCGUCAUCUCCGGUGGCACAACACCUGCCUGCCUACAGUGGCGAGACGUGCUGGUGUUGUAUGGAGGUAACACUAGACAAAUCUCGGGUUUAUCUGUGAUGACGGGUCUGACAAAAGCGAGUAUCCCAGUGCGAGUGAUGGAGGAUGAGGACAUUAAUGACGUGGCUAAAGCCCGAAGUGACGUGGUGUGGAUAACAAAUGUAGAGCGUGUUCUCGGUCUGGAGAGAAAAGUCAUCGUCCACUUGGUGACGGAAGGUGACGUUGAUUUCUAUGACCGACUUCAACUGAUGUCCCGAUGUACGUCACAACUUUUGAUUGUGUCUCCCUCGUCACAUCACGCUGUUACAGAUGCUCAAACCCUUCCUGUCGAGGCUACAGGAAAUGAAUGGUAUUUUCAACAAAAACGACAAAGGACGUGUGUUGAAAUAGAGUCUGGCUCCGUCUCACGUACUACACAAGAUACACAGACAAGCAGCAGCCCUGCCUCUUCUACCCAGCUGAAGGAACCCGUUUCUUCAAACGUUCAGUCACCAUUGCCACAGUGCGAUGAGUUUUUGUUUCCUGAUCUCCAAACUCGUGCCUACUUCCUGCCUCCUGCCUACGUCAGCCACCGACAAAUGAUUGGUCAGGAGGUUCAGAUCCUUCAUCAUGAAGCCGCAAAGAAACUGUUUUUGAAGCUGGAUAAAAUGUCUAAACACAACGGAGAAGUGUUGGUCGGAAUAAGCCGCCUUAAGUUUGGACUGCAUCUUAAUGAAGUUUCUUUAGCUGCCACAGCUACACAGCUGCUCCUACCCACCAGACUUCCUGACCUUCUGCCUCGGAACUCCAAGCAGGGGGACACUGACGUGCUUCUUAUUUCCAGAUAUUAUGGGGUAGUUGUUUGUGAGGUGAAGGCUAUUGGUGACAACAAACAAGGGCAGAGAAUAUCAGAGGGAGAGAUGGACACUGAAAUCAGAAAGAAGCUGCAAGAGGCCGCACUACAGCUGGACGAGGACGAGGCCAUGUUGUCAGACCUAGUGAGCGACAUCGUCCCCGGUCUGCCCAUCAUUAAAACCAUCGUGUUCCCUAACAUCACAGCUAGACAGGUGCAGCAGGCUAUAUCUGGUGACACCCAGCUAACCCAGACAUUGAGUCAGUGUCUGGGAUCAGACGACCCCUCCAACAUCUGUGGUCUGUGCCUGUGCUCCGAUGAUUUGUCUGACUCCAUGACCCCACGGGACGACAGUAGCGACGUGAGGAAACUCAGACAUUGGUGGCGGCGACGAGUGGCUGGGCUUGUUAACGGUCAAAUGACAUGUGACAUUUACCAGGCACUGGUAGGCAGGCCGAAAAUAAUAGAGGAAGACAUGCAGUUAUGCUGCUUUGUGUGAAGAACAAAAGUAUAAGGCAAAACUACUGUCUAAACUUCCCGAUCAAAAGUACGUCUUUCUCUGGGAUUAACACGUACUUUUAUCGUAAGAAAUGUAUGUAAAAUUGAAAAUUGACAAAUAUAUACAUACCAGCAAGUCAGGAUAUUCCUUGAUUGGUGCACCUGAUUCACAGGGUUUAGUUGUGUGUGUCGUCUGAAUCGACAUGAUAACUAAAAUGCUAGUGUUGUCGAUAUUGUGCCAAAUACUCGCUUAAAUGAUAAGCUGUACAGUAAACUGCUGCAGAUAAGCGCGCGAACAAUUAAACUUUCCGCGGAAUCAUAGCCCUUGUCAACUUGACAUCGCAAUUGCAAAUUACCUUAAGUUAGAAAUACAAAAUGACAUUUUCACACAGAAACCUGCACAGUUAUGUAAAACGAUUUUACUUGCUACUGGGAUUUGCUCAUAUUGUGCAAAUGAAUUUUUUGCAACUCAUUUACUACAGUAAUGUUUAGAAACGGGAACGAUCAUCGAGGUGUUAUAAAUUUUCGUAAAGCCUUUUUAUCGUUGUCACGAAUCACCAUAAAUUUCCGGAGUAUGUUGUACAGCCUAUAAUAUAUAAUCUAAUGGUUAUUUUUUAAAUGAUACUUUGUAAUAUUUAUUAAAGCUGCUUAUUCGUGCCACAAACUGCCGUAUGCGGAGUCUUGACAUCGAGCAGACG